GACUGAGGGCACACUGUUCAGUCGUCACUAGCUUCCUGUGAGCUUCUUUUUUUUUUUUUUCCUCGCUAGCUCGUGUGGUCGACGUCACUACAGAACGGAGAAACGUGGAUGUUGUCAAAUGUCUUCUUUUUCGGGGUCUGUAGUUUGACACGGUUUUGAGAGGAAGUUCGUUCAAAUAGGCGAGUGGGGUGUUUUAAUUAAAAAAUAUAUAGUAAUAAUGACGGGACAGUCGGCGUUGUUGCUGCGCAAACAAUUAGCAGAUCUGAACAAGAACCCCGUGGAAGGCUUCUCGGCGGGUCUUGUGGAUGACAAUGACAUCUUUUUGUGGGAAGUGGUGGUCAUUGGACCCCAGGAUACCCUAUUUGAAGGAGGGUUCUUCAAGGCCACUUUAACCUUUCCCAGGGAUUAUCCUUUAAGGCCUCCCAAAAUGAGGUUCGUCACUGAAAUCUGGCAUCCAAACGUUGCGAAAAAUGGCGACGUAUGCAUAUCCAUCCUGCACGAGCCUGGAGAAGACAAGUAUGGCUACGAGAAGCCGGAGGAACGCUGGUUGCCAAUCCACACCGUGGAGACAAUAAUGAUCAGCGUCAUUUCCAUGUUGGCAGACCCCAACGGCGACUCUCCCGCCAACGUUGAUGCAGCAAAAGAGUGGCGUGACGACCCUAAGGGUGUUUUUAAGAAAAAGGUUGCACGUUGUGUGCGGAAAAGUCAAGAGAUGGCUUUUGAUUGAUGUCUCAGAUCGAGGAUGUAACAACUUGCAUACCAGGAAGUCCACUCAAUGACAGACGUUUACGGAUUUCAGAUGUAACAUAUCUGUACAUGCCCUCUGAUUUUUUUUUUUUUGCAUAAUCUCCUUCGAUACAUGCAACAAAGUCAAAUCUCAAGUUUUUCUUUAUAUAUACACCUAUUUAUUUUGAAAUGAGAACCAGUGAAGAGGUUUAAGGGCUUUUUCCGGGGGUGGAACGCGAGGGUUACAUCUGCCACACUGAGCCAUGCAGCCUACAGUGCCUUUUGUAAAAACUGAGGCUUAGUGUGGUGGGGGGAAAAAAAACAAAACUGCAUACCAGAAUAUAGUGUAUAAAGUUUCUUUUACCAUUUCUUUUUUUGCUUUGGCAAGUGUUAAUGCAGACCACUUGGGUGAUUAUGUUGAAGUUAGUGGUUAUGUGUGGAAUAAAGUGAACCAUUUUUUCUGUUCUA